GUUGGUUUGCAAACCAUAUGGACCUAGUAAUUCAGUUAUGCAUAAAACUUGCUUUCAAAGUUCAAUGACUGCACUAAAGGAAGUUUUACAUGCAUUCCCCGUGGUGGCUAAAAAUGACGCGUGGACCAGAUUGGCUGUAGGUGUUGUUAUUGGCAAGAUCAAAAGUGCUAGCAUUCGUCAUUCGUGUCUAUGACUUGCAGAGUGUGCUCAUGAUAGCAGGGGCAGCAUCAGAAACAGUUGUAGCUGCUGCAGUUUCAGCCUUGAGCUUUUUGCCUGAUGUAGAGUUCUGUUAUGGUGCAAGAAUUUGGAGUAAAGAAAGGAAUUGGUCACAACAGAGAAGAUGGAUGUCCCAGGUGCUAAUACAUUUGGUGUUAAGUGUUAAUACAGAUAAUUUAAUUGUAUAAUAAUUAAUUGUUUAAAAAUUGUAAUAUUUCAUAAUAAUGUGUGAUUAUAUUCAAUUCUCAUGGAAUACAUCAUAAUACAACCCAAACUUAAUAAUUAUCAAAUACAUAUAUUCGAUAGUAAUUUUUCUUUGAAACAAUAUUCAAUAGUAAUAUAAACAGACACUCCAAACUUAAUAAUCAUUUUGAAUUAAAGACUAUUUGUUUUGCUACUGACAUAAUUUUUUUCCAUAAGGUAAUACUUUCAAAAGUGAUGAUUACUUUCCAAACAUUAAUUAAUUAAAGCUAGUUUAGUGUUUCCUCCAACCAAGAACUGGUCUUAAUUAUUAAUUAAUACCUUUCAAGCUUUUAGCGUUGUGAAAUUACCAUCUUCUUUUGGCAUUUUGAUGGCUUCCAUUAUUAUAUAAUAUAUAUAUAAAAAAAAAAAAAUAGAGGUUGAUUUGACCUUAUAAAAGAAUUAAACAGUAGAGGUUGACUUAGCUCCAACCAAGAACUGGUCUUAAUGAUUAUCUUAUCUGUAUACUGAACUCCACAAAGUGGUAAAGAUUUCGUGGUCAAGAGAAAAAAAAAGAAAAACCCAUAGAUUAUCUUCAAACUUGAUCAGAUCAGUGUUGUGUUAACAAUGGCUGAAGCAGUGAUUUCAGUGGUGGUAGACUUGUUGGGUUCUCUUCCUCUUGAGAAGCUAAUACAAGAAGUGAGUUUGCUCAACAAAGUUCAACAAAGGGUGGAAAAUUUGAAGAGAAAUCUGAGGUCAAUUCGAGCUGUUCUUCAUGAUGCUGAGAACAAAAGAUGGACUACAAGUAGUCAAAGUGUCAAAGUUUGGUUGGAGACACUUGCUGAUGAUGCUCAUGAGAUGGGAAAUGUGCUCGAUCGAUGGAACACUCUCAUUCUCAAAUCUCAAAUUGAGACUCAGUUUCGAAUCAGAAAUUUGGUUAGUUUCUUCAAGCCUUCUUCUUCUUAUUCUAGUUUUUGUUUUUUCAAACUGAAUAAGCUAAUUUCUCACCGUGAGAUCUCUCAAAAAAUUGAAGAACUCGAUGAGAAAGUAACCAGAACAGCUAAUCAAAUAGGUCAAUUGGGGUUAAUAGAAACCAUGACUAGAGCUGAUUCUUAUGGGGUACAAAAAGUUUUGGGGAGAUUAGAAACUACCUCUUUUAUUGAUGAAGCUGAAAUUCAUGGUAGAGAUCAAGAUAAGAAGGUGUUGUUAGAUAUGUUAAUGUGUGAGGAGAGAGGCCAUGGAAUUGACCAGGGAUUCUUUGAGGUCAUUUCUCUUGUGGGGAUGGGUGGACUUGGUAAAACCACUAUGGCACAAUUGACAUUCAAUAAUGAAACUGUUAAGAACCAUUUUUCUAAAAGGAUUUGGGUUUGUGUUUCUGAGCCUUUUGAUUUACUCAAAAUUGCUUCAGCAAUUACUGAAAUCCUUCAUAAGGGUAAUAAUCAAACUUAUACCCAAGAAGAAGAUGAUUUGAGUCAAACCCAAUGUAGGAAUCCACCAACAUUUCAAACCUUAGAAGCAGCUUUUAAUUGGAUUUCUGUUCGCCUAAGUAAAUGUUGUUUUCUUCUAGUUCUAGACGAUGUAUGGAACGAGGAGUAUAGUAAGUGGGAGCCUUUAGAGAUUAUGCUGAAGAAGUUAGAUUGUGUAGGGAGUAAAGUUUUGGUCACUACAAGAAAGGAGAGUGUUGCACUUGUGAUGGGAUCUAGUACUUCUCGUGUAAUUAAGUUAAAAGAGUUGAAUCAGAACGAGUGUCAAUUGAUAUUCGAAAGACGGGCUUUUAGAGGUAGAAACAGCGAAGAAAUCGAAGAAUUAAGAGAUGUUUCGGUGCAAAUUGUGAAAAAAUGCAAGGGAUUACCUUUAGCUGCAAAAACUUUAGGUGGUCUUAUGCAUUUCAAGAAAAGUAAACAAGAAUGGGAAGGUGUUUUGGGUAGUAAAUUGUGGGAGUUAAAUGUUCGCGAAGUUGAACGAUAUCUUUUCGGUCCAUUGCUAUUAAGUUAUCUUGAUUUGUCAUCUUUUGAGAAACCUUGUUUGGUACAUUGUUCAGUAUAUCCAAAAGAUUAUUUGACCAACAAGAGACAACUAGUUGAAUUGUGGAUGUCAGAAGGUUAUCUGAAUUCGGAGGAAGAAGGGGCAAGUGUUUUUCAAAAUCUAACAAUGAGGUCUUUUUUUCAAGAUUUUCAAGAAGCAAAUGACAUAUAUGAUGAUAGUAAUGUGAUUUGUAAGAUGCAUGACAUAUUACAUGACUUCAUCCAAUAUUUGACAAAAAGAGAAUGUGAGAUCAUAGAAGCUCUUAAUAUCAACUCAGAUGUUAUGAAGAAGUGGAGCCUUGGUGAUCAAAGUACUAGGCAUUUAACCAUAGCAAUGGAGUCUAAAGCUGAGUUUCCUAAUUUGGAAUUGAGUUAUGGGAACAAAAGGUUUCUUCACACCCUUCUAAUUUUAAGGCAGGAAAAGAAUACCUCUGUUGAUAAUUCCACUUUCUUGACUCUAAAACAUCUUAGGACAUUGAAUUUGUCCAAAUGUGGGGUCAAGAGAUUGCCAGAGAAUAUUGGUGAGUUGAUACAUUUGAGAUAUCUUGAGUUAUCUAACAAUCCUUUGGUUAAACUACCAAAAUCAAUUUGCAACUUGUGCAACCUUCAAACUUUCAAAUUAGAGUCCUGUCGAACAUUAGUAGAGGUCCCGAAAAGGAUGGGAAUGCUUAUCAACUUGAGGUCUUUGUAUUGUUACAAAAAUGGUGCUUUCACAAGACUACCAAAAGGGAUUUCGAGCCUAACUUCGUUGCGAUUUGUAGAUUGGAUUGAACUUUUCGGAGAUAAAACUAAGUACUUGACUCUUGGAGAGUUAACGAAGAUGAAUCGCAAGCUCAAAAUCGAUUACUUGACUAUUCAUUUGAAAAGUCUUGUAAAUAUAGAACAUGCAAAUGAAACUAACAAGGUGGAUCUUUCUUCUUGGGAACUUGUCAAUGAACUCGUCGUCAUAUACCAAGGAAAUCGCCAUGAAUUCGAUGUUGCAAUCGAUUUCUUCGAACCCCAUCCAAAGUUGAAAGUUUUGAAAGUAAGACAUUCUUGUUGCCGCACAUUCUCCCCAAAAUGGAUAAUGUCCUUAUAUCUUUUGAAAGAGAUUGAGUUUUAUCAUUGCUAUAGCAUAAGUUCAUUACCUGCAGCAUUAGGAAAACUACCAUCUCUCGAGUCACUUCGAUUUUGGCAUUUCGAUACCAGAAAACUUGGCCCCGAAUUAUUAGGAAUAGUUGAAGAACAUGGUGAUGAAAGUACUACCCUAUUCCCUAAGCUUAAACUACUCACAUUCAGAAAUGGAGAUUACUUGGAAGAGUGGAAAACAGAAGUACCUUGUAAUGUAAAGCUUAUGCCAUGUCUCAAAACCUUGCAAUUUAUGUGUUGUCCUAGUCUUAAAGUGUUACCUGAAUUUCUACAAAUGGUUCCUUUGGAAUUUGUAUACAUAUACUAUGAUAGUGUUCUUAUGGAACAUUGUAGAACGAGGGAAGGGAAUGAAUGGCCCAAGAUUUCUCAUGCCAAAAACAUUCUUCUUGAUGAUGUUCAUGUGCAAAAAGAUGGUCGUUACAUCGAGUAAACAAUGUGAUAAUUAGUGUUGGUUUCCAAUCCAUGAAUGCACAGAAUCCCCAGUAGCCUGUGGCCUACUGAGCCGAGCAAUGCACAAAGCAGGCCUAAUGGGCUUCCAUUCUCAAGGCACGGACUCAAAACUAAGCCCAGCAGCAAUGGGCAGCAAAUCUUCGGCGGCAGCCCACCUACUUCUCCCUAGGGUGUUCACAAAGGAUCCAAUCCAAUCCGCACGAUCCAAUCCAAUCCAAUCCGCAAAAUGCGGAUAUCCGCACUUGUGCGGAUUGGAUUGGAUUGAAAAAUCUAAAAUCCGCACUUGUGCGGAUUGGAUGUUGUUUGACCUCAAAAAGUAACCGAUCCAAUCCAAUCCGCACUUAAUUAUAUAUAUUUUUGAAAAAUUAUAAUAUGUAAUAUAUAUAUUAAUUAAAAAAAAGACACAAACUUCUAAUUUCUUAAUCUUUUUUAGUAAUAUAUUGAGUUGGUGCAUUUUAUUUAUUUUGUAAUAAAAAAUACAAGAAAAAUAAUUCUUAUCCACAUAGACACAUACACAUAAA